UUUUUGCAAUGACAAUAUCCACUCUGUGAUUUUUUUGUAAAUAUGUUGGCUUUUUGUAACUAAAUCGUAAUCAACUUUUUUGUUGCGUAGAAUCAAUUCUUUACAAAAAACUUAAAUGGAAGUGAAUACUUAAAUAUAAAACUCAAAAUGGAAAGUAAGAAAAUAUCCUUCGGAUUUUUAAAAACGAAGAAACAAGAUAAGCAUGUGAUUGCUGAAAAACGCGAAUACAUUGAAAGCGUCGAAGAAAAUGCCAUCAAAAUCAUUGGAAAAGAAGUAGCAGUGGAGGCUGAACCACUCAUAAUUCCCAUGAAGCCAAACACAUUAAUAACAGCUGAAAGAUUAAAAGAAAUAGCUGAGAAAGUUGAAAGUUCAAUUAAUGAGCUGGAAACACCAAAAGCGCCAGAAAUUAAAAAUGAAUCAAAAGAAAAUGAGACACUUGACCAAAUGGCAGUUCGGGAACUAUUACAGGAAGCUAAACAAGAGAAAAAACAAGAAGUUCAGUCACUCAAUAUACUUGUACCAUCAACUCCAGUGAUAGAUGGGCAAAAAGAGUCUUCUUUAGACGAUUAUGAGGCAGUGCCAGUAAGAGAAUUUGGUAUGGCCAUGCUGCGUGGUAUGGGAUGGACACCUGGCAAAGAAGGGUCGAAAUAUAAAUUGCCUAAUUUGCGUCCGAAAGGCCUAGGUCUGGGUGCAGACAAAGUUAUCAAAGACAACCAAAAGAAUGCCUCAAAAGACAAUGAUAAGGAAUUAGCUAUUGUCAAAAAUGCUUGCGUGAAAAUAACUGCUGGAAAAUAUAAUGGAUGUUACGGAAAGGUGGUAAGCUUGGAUGACGACAAUGGUCGAGUAAUGGUCAACAUACCUGUCAAAAAGGAAACUGUCAGUUUAAGUGAAUUUAUGAUGCAGCCUGUCACUAAAUCAGAGUUUGACAAACAAGCUAAAGUUAUAAAUGCAGAUUCAUAUGAAGCUUAUAAAAAGGAUGAAUUCAAUCAAAAGCCAUCUAAAUAUGAAAUGAAGGAUGAAAGUUCUUCAAGUAACAGAUCGAAAGAUAACAAUGUUAGAAAAGAAAUAAAGAAUGUAGAUGGUACAUCUCAAAAGAAAAGGGAAUAUUCAAAUGGUAGAAGUAAAGAAAAGAAUCUACAACAUGAUUCAUCAAGUAGUGAAGAUAACUCAAGACAAAAAAGAAUAGAAAGGAAAAGAUAUAGUAGCAAUGAAUCUCUUAGUUCUGACUCUGAUAGAAGAAAAAAGAAACAUAAUAAACACUAUAGUAGUAGUGAUUCUGAAGAUUAUAAAAGGCAUAAAAGUUCCCGUAAAGAAAGAAAAGACAUUGACAAGAAAAGAAAGGGAAAAAAGAAAAAGAGAGAUCGAGAUCGUUCCCCUAGUCAUCGUAAGCAUAAGAAAUAAUUUAAUAGAAAUUAUAAUAUAAUCUUUUGCAUUUUUA